AGAUCUGUGACUCUCUGCUUGUGCCGCUCGAGAACCUAACCGUGUGAACGCACCUUAGCCUUAUCAGGCUUUGCUCGCGUCACAUCUGGCCUUCGGUCUCCGUACGCCACCUUCGCCUGCUUUUCGUCACACCCAUUGGUCUGUGGUUUCGUUCAUGCUGCUGACAUCUACGUCUCUGCGCCCUCCAAACCGUCAAUGGAAGAAGAUGCUUCGUCGUCGAGGACUCUGUGGCUCCACAUCAGCAGGGCCCCGCCUCCCUCAGUUGAGUGGCCCGGUAGCGAGCACCAAGACGAAGAUGCGGAGAGCUCCCACUUAGCGCGCUACUCCUCCCUCUCCUCUGUUCCUGUAGCGAAGGUGAUCACUCCUAAGCCGCACGCGGAUGUUGCAUGCGGGUUUCGUAGAGGUUAUGCCCUAUCUGAAGCUCUUGACUGAGACGACGAAGCGUACAAGAAACUGCGUAACACCGUUCCUAGUCUCGUACAUCGACCUUUAGACGAGGAAAAGCGUGUCGCACAGCAAGACGGACGCUGCAUAUGGAGGGUAUUCGAGAAGACUACCGAGGCCUUUCCAUCGCUGGACCACUACAAGGCGGCAUGGCCUGUGACGGACAUGAUCAAGAGCACGAACGCUAUGCAUCGGAGGGCACGACGCGCAUCGACUAACAUGUCAUCAGGCGGCCAUAGGCGUAGUGGGGAGACUCGGACGCGUUGAUCUGGCAUACGCCACAACGUUGAAUGCAUCCCAAAGUCACGAUAGGCGAUGCUCGAGCAGCUACGGGGCCCAAGCUGGCGUUGAACUCUUGUUAUUGUUGUUAUAAUGUACUCGACGUGCACUGCGUUGUAUGAGCUCAUUCACAUAUGCACGUAUAUUCGAGUAUGGCCUUGAACUUGCGGUCGGAUUCGCGCUCUUCCAUCGGCUGGCAGGUGGACAACAUCACGGUCGAGUCGUAUUGCGUCUGGCGCGCGAUGAGGGCGAUGGGCGUGCCCCGGCGAGCGACCUCGUCUUC